AUUCACUACGGGACCAACAUGGCGGUCAGCAAGCGAGACGCUAUUGUCCCUUCUCUGAUUAUUUAGGACUCUACUAUCGCCUAGCAUUGUGCAAGGGCCUUGAGAGAUAAACAGAUCUUUUAUAUCUAUGGUUUUGUCUUUAGCAUAGUCGCCAACUAUGGCAUAAAAAAUAUCUCUGAACAUCGUGCCGCCAAGUACAGUUUUUCAUUUUCGAGACAACCAACUUCAGAUUUCAAGUUCUCAUGUUUCAACACGUUCUCUUUCUGCUUCUCUUGGAAUGGCGGAACGAUAACGAACGUUACUGGCAAGUUAGUAUGUGAUGAUACAGUGUUCAAAAAUAUAAAUUUAAACAACAUUUACUACAAAUGAAAAUAUUAUAAACAUUUGACUGGACGGAAAUGAGAGAAUAAAAUCUCUAAUCAAUUCUGUAUACGUAAGAAAUUGAGAUGUGUAAUACCAGAGGACAGAUAUAAAAUAUCGAAAUGUGUAAGAUAAAAUUUUCCAGAUAAAUCUAUGAAUCCAAAAACCUAGUUUCUUUGUAUAUAUUAUAUCCUUAUUUCUAUAUAUGCACAUAUUUGUUGCAUAAAAGAAUUAAACAUUAAUUACAAUAUGCCGAAAAUACCGAAAAUUCGGAAAGCUAAAAGGGUCAGUGUGCUUACUAAAAAAGGGCAAUGCCUGGGGAAGCAUUACAAGGAACGAUCAUAUAGACCAUUAUAUGAAAAAUUAAAGAGCAACAAUAACUUCUUGGCUAAGGCACUUUCAAAGGAAAAACAAAACAAUCAAUCAUUAUUUACGCAGAAUGUUCAGCUAAUUGCAGAGAUUCAACAGUUGAACGUAGUAUGCAACACACGAAAUACUGUAAUUGCCAAUGUACAGAAUAACGCAAAAGAAAUAUUGAAAAUGUUACUCACCAUGACUGGUUAUAUAACAAGUACUAUUUCUAUGUGUCAAGAGCUCGCUGUUUCCAAUACUACUGUGAGACUGUCGUCUGCUGCAGAUGGAAGAAAAGAAUCUUCCAAUAGACUGUCGACAAAAUCUCCAGCUAAAGGUGUAGUAAAACCAAUGGUAGGUGGACAUACUAUUACUAAGCCCACAAUUAAUUUGAGUCGAGUUAAAAUGGAAAAUAUAUCAAGAUUAAGUGAUAUACAAGAAUCAACUCCUGAUAGAAGUCAAGAGAUAAGUGAGAAUAGAUCAUCAAUUACUGUUUCUUUACCAUCUACACCACUUAGAUAUGAGAAUAAUCGAACUACGUGUAGAAUGCCAGAAAGACUAACAAUUUCUUCAUCUAGAGUUAAUGAUGCACUUACAUUGGCUGAUGAACAAAGAAGAAGAAGAAGAAGAAACUAUCAUUCCAAGCGAAUAUCAGGAUCUUAUUCGCGAUCGCGAAAUAGAUGGUCUGAUGAAACUCCAACAACCAGCACAAGACAUAUUAAUGUAGCUAGUCCUACAAUACAACUUAAAGAUAUAUCCAAUUUACUGCGUGAUUCUCAGACUAUUAACAUUAGAAGAAUAAUUGAUAACAGAGUUGAUGACAUUGAAAAUCAGGAGAAUAAUGACAAUGUGUCUAAUGAUCCAUCAGAAAGAAAUGUCGUAAUACCAGAGACCCGUAUAUCUAUUAAUCCAAACGAAGAAGAUGAAACGCACGCGCAAACACCAAAAAAGGAUCCCAAAGUAAAAAUAAACAGCAAGGUCUCUGAUAAAGAUCUUAACAAAAUUCCAAAUGUAAUAGAAAAUUCAAGAUUAUUGCAAAAUAAUACUAGGAAUUGGGAAGAAGAGGAUCCAUUGGAAGGUCCGAGCUGGUUAUUUAGUAAUACCAUACCAUCGCGGGAUAGCGAACCAGAAGAAGAGCUUUCCGAUGUCAAUAAUAACACAUCUCAAUUAAUAGUGUAUGAUGAUGAAUCGAGCAGUGCAGAAAGCAAUACAGAAGAGUUAUCACUGCUACAAAACUUAAAUGAAUCUCUGAAUGAUAUUCAAACUUUAGAUGGAGACGCAACACCUAUUGCCGAUCGUACUAGCUAUCAAUCUCAUAAUGAAGAUGAUGAUAGUACUUAUGAGCUUCCAGCAGGAAAUGUAUUCAAUCGUAAAGAAAAUUUAAAUAACAUAGAAGAUAAUGCUGAAGAUGCUGCAACAAAUUUUGGAAGUUUUGUGACAAUGAGGCGACAGCAUCCCAAAGUGACAGAAGACUUCACACUAAUGUUGUCGCGUCAACAAAUGCGAAACAUGCAAUUCGAUAUCAAUGAACUGAGGUUACCUAAUUUAGAUGAAUCUAUGAUGAAUUCUAUUAAUAAUGGGAUCGACACCGAAGUUACUGCUGCAAGCUCAAGCGUUGCGAAUAUCUCGGUGUCAUCUAUGUCAAAUCAGACUCUGAACGAAUUGGAACACGGUCAGACUGCCAUAAUAAAACUGCCAUUAAGUUCAAUGAAGGAUCAUGAAAGAGAAUCGAUGCUACAACAGAAAAAGGAUUUAAAUAAAAAGAAUAAAAUAUCGAAAAUGUUGAAUUUCGAUAACGGAACCAAUCAUGUUGAAAAUGGUUCGGUAAUUAAGAACAAGACGAAGAAAAAAAACAAAUCGCAGAACAAUCGAGAUCCAAGUACGGCUAAAGUUGUUUUGGAGAAGCUCAAUGAAAAUCAUGUUAAGUCAAGGACGCCAUCAGCCGACGAUAUAGAAUCCCGAAACACUCAUGAUCACACGGGGGACACUAUGUUGAAUUUUGAUGAAAAUCUAGAACAGGACGAAAUUCGGGAAUCUGAAAAUAAUAUGAACAAUAGUUAUGCUUCCGGCCGUCCUAAACGAAGAAAGGCUCCAGUAAACUUGAAAGAGCCUAAUUUGCACAAAAAAUUAAGACGAAACCAGUGAGAAGACUGAUGUCAUGAUCAAUGUAAAACAAGAUAAAUUAUUAUUCGCAUUAUCGAUAUUAUGUGAAACAAGAUAAAUUAUUAUUCGUGUUACAUAGAUGAUAUUGUUGAAAGCCGUUUUUUUCUUCUUGUAUUUGUGAUUUUUGAAUUAAUAUUAAAAUAGUCCUGUAUAUAUAUGUACAUCACAAAUUAUUUGAGUCAUAAAAUAUCAAGAAUUAAAUGUUAUUCUCUCUCUGUUAGCUGAUGCUUUAGAACAGAAAAUUACAUUUGAUAAAACUAUCUUAAUAAUCUCGUGAAGAAUGUAUGGGGAUAUUCGUAAUAUGUAUUUCCACUGAUAUAUCAUAUAUAAUAAUUGGUCUUCGUAUCGUUAUGUUCCAACUAUAAAUGUAUACAAACUAUACUGGUAUAUCUUCUUUUUAUACUAAUAUAUUGUAUUCUUUUAUAUUAUCUUAAUACAAGAGUUAUCACA